AUGUAUCAUUUUAGUCAAACAGAAUAUAUUGUUAAACCAAGUUCAGAUAUUGAUAAAGAAGCUUUUAGAAAUCAGGAGCAAGUUCGAUAUUCAAAUCCUCACCGAGCAUUUACCUAUCGUAUGCAUGACUAUGAUUCCGUUGUUGGACCAGUGAAGGGUAUUUAUGAAAAACAGAUCUCAGCGUCUAGUAAAGCUAGAGAACAUGCUCUCUUAAAACAGGAUCGUCCACCGUUUGUUACCAUACUGACUAUAGCCCGUGAUGCCGCAGCACGCUUGCCGAAUGGAGAAGGAACCAGAGCUGAUAUUUGCGAGUUGCUAAAAGAUUCUCAGUACCUUGUGGAAUGCUCUGAUAGCCAGAUAAAUUCCGUGGUUAGUGGUGCUUUGGAUCGAUUGCAUUAUGAGAAAGAUCCAUGUGUAAAAUAUGACAGUAGCAGAAAACUUUGGGUAUAUCUUCAUAGAAAUCGAACUGAAGAAGAGUUUGAACGUAUACACAACACGCAGGCUGCAGCCUAUCAAGCCAAAAAGGGAGUUACCAAAUCCAAGGCACCAAAAUUGCAGGUACUUUCGUGUCGUCAUUACACAUUUGACGGAUUAACUUAA